AGCGCAACAAAAGGUCCAACAUUUUAAACCCAGAGCGCUAGAGGGCAGUGUUUAUUGUAACACCCGCCAAAAACCUCCCUCCUUCCACAACAUGCAGCAUGUAAACUGAGCGCCUUUUCACCCCAACAGAAGAGUUUGUUUUGAGGAUGGCAGUAAACAGCUCUGUGACUGUGGUGCAGCUCGGCUCUGUGAAUCAGGAGCAUCAGGCUGCCAUUCAUCUGUUACCCUGCGACAUCGAGCACGACGGAGCUGCACAAGUGGCCGAGUUUUUCACGCCGACAGUGAAGGACAGAAAGCACGAAAAGACAGUGUCGUUUAGGGGACGGGGUCUGAAAGGUCAGGAAGUGACGCACCCCCAAGAUUACACAGGACUGGUGCUGAAGGAGGUACAGAAACCCUCAUCUGAUCAAGAAGACCGAGUCGUUAAGGUUUCUUCGGUUUUUCAUAAUUUCACCUAUUGGAAUUUGGAGACUCCUCCCACAUCAGAUGAUCGAGUCGUGAUGGCAAUGGCAUGGCCAAAAUUAGCAGAGAUGAUACAUGCACCAGUUGAAGACUGAGCUUUAUCAGGACACAUUUCCUACCCAGUGUACUGUACUGUACAUUUUCACGUGUAUGUGUUAGCUAAACACCCACACAAUGAUUUAUCUUUUUUAUGCUUAAGCAGUCUGUAUUGUUACACUUUACACACAAUUGUGUAUAAAUAAAUAUACACAGUAGUCUGAGUUGUACAGAAAUAAAUAGUAGAUGAGUCAAGCAGCAAUUAUUAAAAGGUUUAUUCACAAUAUUGAGCUGUUUUACAUACUGAGAUCAAACAACUUUUACAUCAUGGAGUAGAUUAAUUCAUUUUUGUGUGAAUGUAGUGAAUUCGACAAAAUUUAAAAUGAGGACCCGGUUUUGGACCGGAAUAACUACAAAACUACACCACAUUUCAGAAUAGACUACUGCAUGAAACAUUAAACAUUAUUAAUUUGAUCAAAAGAGGUAAAUGUGAGACAUGCUGUUGGUGGUUUUUUUUUUUUU